AUGUCCGAGGUCCGGCGAAGUACGCGCCUGGCGAGGAAGACGUCGUCCAAUCAUCUCGAGGGAUCUACCCCUUUGCCAGACCGUGAGAGCCUGACGCCUACGCCGGGCGAAAAGCAAAAGUCGUCCAUCGCCACAACAAAGACCAAAGAGCGCGCUUCCGAUCAUGACGGCAAGCCGGCGAGACAGCAGGCUCUCAUCGUCGCCGCAGUGCUCAUGGUCACCGUGCUCGUAGGUACAACGUACUCGAGCCUCAUCUACACGACGGGCGAACUCUCCUUUCGCAGUCGUCUGCCGACCAAGAUUUCUAAUACGCUGCCUCUCGUACCCAAGCUGGCCGCCGCUUCCUCCCUGCCAAACUUGCCAGGAGCCCAUACGUCCUCUGCGGGCGCGUUGGACGAUGUGCUUGGCCACCUCAAGACGAUCACGCCCUACUUUGCGCGAAAGAGCAACCUAUUCAACCAAUACUUUGUCAAGAAAGCUUGGGGGUGGACCACUCUCGUGUGGUUCUUCCACCUGGUCACAGUCACCACUCAUGAGGUGAAUGCCAAGGGCGGAAACGCUCAAGCUGUACAAGCUCGAGCGCACAGACACGUGUACAGAGAGCUUAAGCGAUACACUGCCGCCACCAUCAUCUGGCUUCUGCUGACUACUUGGUUCUUCGGUCCUUCCGUCAUCGACCGAAUCAUGGUCGCAUCCGGCGGCGUCUGCCUGCCUUCUGCCGUCGCGACGAGCAUGACAGAUCAAUCUGUCCUGCAUGCCUACAAUGCGUCCCAGCCGCUACCACAUUCGUUUUGCUUCUCGCGGGGACUUCAUGCUGCAGGCUCCUCACCGAUGGCAUCAGUUCCUUUUAUCAAGGCAUCAUCCAAGCUGUCGCCCAGCGAAGCCACUCUUGCGGCUCAGCACCAAGCACUCAGACGUCAGAUGAAGGCCCAGGGCAUCAGAACGUACUGGCAAGGCGGGCAAGAUAUCUCUGGUCAUCUCUUCCUGCUCAGCAUGUCCGUCAUCUUCCUCAUGCCAUCACUCCAUCUCGCCCUGCGCAACCUAGCCAGGAUCACCUCGCUCUCACACGACAGACAGCAGGCUGCUACUCAGCUCGCAGCUGUCGCAUCCUCUGCGGCAGUCAUCGCACUUGUAUCGCUGUGGUGGUGGAUGAUGCUCAUGACUUCCGUCUACUUUCAUACCCCACUUGAGAAGGUGAUAGGCAUCACAUUCGGCCUACUCAGCGGACUUGGCCUAAACUGGAUCAACUGA